CCUAACAAGUCUAAAUGAUGUAUUACACCUGAAAACACUCAAGAAGGAGAAACACUUACCCUCCAAUUUAAAACAUGGUAAUGACCGUGCCUCGUCUAACUUCAUUCAACUACGUCACUUCACACGACGUUAAAACUCAGCUCAAUGUCAAAGUUGGAGGUCUGGACGGUAAGCCGCCUCUUCCACAGGUCCCCCAAGUUACCGAAGACUUGUACCGCGGAGACUUCCAACAACCCUACGCUGACCUCAAGUUUUCCUGCUAUAUCUGGCACGACGGAGCAGUGCUGACACUUCCUGUUUCCACCUCCUACCGGCCCUUUACCUCCAGGUGGCAAUGGAACGAGCGGUUGUCAGUGCCAAUAAGAAUAUGUGACCUACCACGUGAUGCUCAGCUGAUCUGUGAAGUGAGGGAGGUAGUGAGCUCCAGUAGUGAUGUAGUUGUAGGAGGAGCUGCUGUACCUGUUUACAACACCGAGGGUAUCCUCCAGUGUGGUCUGAUUGAUAUCAGACUACACACUGGACUGUCAGAUCCUAAUGAGCUGGUUCAACAGAGUGAGGAAGAGUUAACAGUGAGGGACGAGAUGACGGAGUUAGCGCGGCUCGUCAAGCAGCACCACAGUGGGGAGAUAGAGAAAGUAGACUGGUUAGACAGACUUACCUUCCGUGAAGUGGAGCAUGUUAACGAGCGGUCCAAACAGCAGAACUCAGCGUACCACCUCUCUCUUGAGUUCCCACCUGCAGUGUGUAAAGACAUGAUGCUGUCUGUGGUGUAUCACGAAGAAGAGGAACAAGUCAGCACUUCUGGUAACGACAUCUGUCAUAUUCACGAUCCUGAGCUGCUCAUGGAGUCGCUGGUUGAACAGAAACAGCACAAACUGUCCCGGUCUCUGAGGUAUGGACCUGAAGCUAAGAACUUGAAACCGAACCCCCACACCAAACAGAGUCUGAGCACGAUAAUUGAUUAUCCAACUAAUAGGUCACUAACAUCAGACGAGCAAGACUUGAUCUGGACGUAUAGGUACUAUUUGGCGAGAUUCAAGAAAGCACUGCCAAAGUUCUUGAAGUGUAUUGAUUGGGACGAUGAGCAGGAGGUGACAGUUGCGAUGGAGUUGGUGGAAUUGUGGGAGUUUAUUGAUGUGGAGGACGCACUGGGUCUACUCUCAGCUCAAUUCACACACAGUUUUGUGCGACUGUAUGCUGUAAAACGUCUAGAAGCGGCUAACGAUGACGACUUGAGGCUCUAUCUUCUCCAGCUUGUACAAGCUCUAAAGUUUGAGAACAGUGACGACACUAAGAAGGAGGGGAUAUCUCCUCUAGGAGCGUUUCUAAUCUCACGGGCAUGUCACAAUAGCUUCUUUGGAAACUAUUUUUACUGGUAUUUAGUCGUGGAAUGUGAGGAUGAUACUGACAAAGAAGCAUCAGCUCUCUACCGAGGAAUUCUCAACGGGUACGGAAAUGAGUUGAAAAGACGAGGGGAGAAGGGUGAACUGCAAAGGAAGGUACUUAGGAAACAAACCGAUCUGAUUGGGACAAUAAGGAAGAUCCUUAACUCGCUUGGUAAGGGAACUCGGCCCCAGAAGAUAGAACUUCUGAAGCUGGCACUUAAAGACAGUGGGUUGGAGAAGUUUGAGACUGAUUUUCCUCUUCCACUUGACCCAACUAUUAGAAUCUGUGGUAUUAUACCUGAGAAGGCCACCCUCUUUAAAAGUUCUCUCAUGCCAGCAAGAUUGACCUUUAAGACGGUCGACGGGGGAGAAUAUGUGACAAUUUUUAAGAACGGAGACGAUUUGAGACAAGACCAGUUGAUCCUCCAGGUGAUCGAGCUGAUGGAUAAACUAUUGUGUAAAGAGAAUCUGAACCUGAAGCUGAAACCUUACAGAGCUCUUGCUACCGGACCUGCUCACGGAUUCCUCCAGUUUGUAGACAGCAAGGCAGUGGCUCAGGUUCUCCAACAAGACGGGACUAUCCUGAACUUCUUCAUGAAGCAGUCUCACGAUGGUAAGACAGUAGAACCUGAUAUAAUGGAUACUUACAUCAGGAGUUGUGCAGGAUAUUGUGUUAUCACGUACUUACUCGGAGUCGGAGACAGACAUCUGGAUAACUUGAUGCUCACCAAACAUGGUCAUCUUCUUCACAUUGACUUUGGGUACAUCCUCGGCAGGGACCCCAAACCCUUCCCACCUCCCAUGAAGCUCUCUAAAGAGAUGGUGGAAGUUAUGGGAGGGUUGAACUCUGCUGAGUACGCUAGUUUCCGUGAGCACUGUUACAACGCCUUCCUCAUCCUACGCCGCUCAGCCAGCCUUAUCAUCAACCUCUUCUCACUGAUGUUGCGUGCAAAUAUCCCUGAUAUCUCCAUUGAUCCGGACAGUGCGGUGCGGAAAGUUCAGGACAAGUUCGGUCUUGAUUUAUCGGAGGAGGAAGCAGUUCAACUGUUCCAACAGAUUAUAGAUGAGAGCAUCACCGCCCUGUUCUCAGCGUUAUGGGAAAACGUGCACAAGUGGGCUCAAUAUUGGAGAAGAUAAACUAACUUUAGUUAGAAAUUAAUGUUACUGGCUAAAUUGUAGAUGUGACGAUUAUCCUUUUUUGAUAUCAGCAGCACAGACAAUUCUUGUUUUCCCUGGCUACCAAUUUAUAUAUCCUCUGUUUUAUGUGUAUAAAAGGGUAGGUAUUUUAUGUGAUAUAAAAUAUUGAUGAGCAUGAUUUUGAUGCUUUUGUCAGACUAACUGUUGAUUGUGCGGGAUUUUUAAUGCUAAAUAACCAGCCCAUUGUUUACCAUCAUUUAUGUGUGUGUGUGAUCGAAAUAUUAAAUUAGUAAAUUUUAUUUUGACCCUGUUAAAUGUUAAAUUGUUGACUAUUAUAACUUGAUUAUUCCAAUUUCUUUUC